AUGGCGAAAGCUUCCCAUACAUUGCAAAAAGGUGCUGUUGUCCAGCACACUGCCGAAGCCCAUAACCUGAAAGGUCAACUGCCUGAAGGGAGCAUGGAAUCUUUGGCAACAACCAUUCGUUUCGUCACGCUGAACUGUCGAACACUAUCGAGUGAACUCCAACAAGCCGCUCCAUCCAGACUUCUGCGAUAUCUCUGUGUGCCUUUUCCUGCACUGCAGGAAACACGCAUGAGACAUCGGUCCGUCAUCAGCAUCGAAUAUUACACCAUAUACUGUGGCGAUGCUGAUGAGAACAAAGUAGGUGGCUGCGCGAUAGCUGUGAGGAACGAUCACAAGAACCUGGUGGAGAAAUUUGGCUCAACGUCGUCUAGAUGCGCCUUUUUACGACUGCGGGAUCGCAGAGGACGUAAACUCUGGAUCGUAAGUGCUCACGUACCUACGGAAAUCGCUGAGGACAACAGUAAGGAGGCCUCCUAUGAUGAACUCAAUGCGUUGAUGUCUAAAAUAUCAAGCCAGCAGGUGGUCAUUGUCGGAAUCGACGCAAAUGCGAAGAUGGGACUCGAACAGCAAUCCGAUGUGCUAGGAAAGUGGUACUAUGCAGCGGAGCGCACGUCAGACAACGGUGACCGUCUGGUCGACUUGUGCGAAGAGACGGGCCUCAUCAUCGCUUCCACGUUUAAAAGGAACCAUCGACGUCAUCAGCUCACGUGGCAGGGGUCAACCCUUUUAACAUCUGAAGAGCAGCGCAAGCGGAAGAUCAGGACUCUUAAACUUCAGCUCGACUACGUUCUGGCGAGGAACAUUUCUCAGUCAGAUACCCGAAAAUCUAGAGCUGUUUGGGACGUCGCGUUCGACUCUGACCACCGUCCAGUUCUUCUCAGCUUCAAGACACGGUUCCACAAGAGAAACCGAGGAGUUCCUCUUCAACUGAAAAUCGACAUGGCAGGUCUGAAAGAUGAUGAAUGCAGAACAAAAUCCCGCCAACGUGUGUCUAUUCAUGUUGGAGUACGGACCAGGAAGAAGCUCAGCGAUACGGAUUCCUUCACAAAGUGCAUCCAAGAUGCUGCAAGGGAAAUGCUCCCGGUUCUAUUGCCGCGAAAGAACGCUGGUGACUUCAACCAGGAAAAGCGUCUUAGAAGGAAGGUGCGUCAUCAACUGCAACAAGACCGCGAUAACGAGCGGACAUCAAGAGCGAUAGAGUUUGAGAAGGCGUGGGAGGACAAGAACCCGCGGAAAGCCUAUGCUCUACUAGAACAGUAUAAUGUCGGUGAAGCAACCCUUCCAAUUUGGAAGGAACACUUCAAGACCUUGCUGAACCGGCUAGCACCGUCAGCCCCUGAACUCGAACACAUUCAUAGACCGACAUACUCGGUUAACGAGGAGCCACCGACCGUGUCGGAGGUCCUGGUCUGUAUUCAAAAAAUGAAGAAUGGAAAAUCUGGCGGAGACGACGGGAUUAGCGCAGAAAUGCUAAAAUAUCUUCCUCCGUCUGGGAUUCGUGAGAUGACAAAGAUCAUCCGUUCAAUAAGGAUAGACGAAAGGAUACCUGAUUCGUGGAGACACGCUAUCAUAAUUCCCCUCCACAAGAAGUUAUCCGUCACGGACCCCAGGAAUUAUCGAGGAAUCUCUUUGCUGCGUGUUAUGUACAAGGUAGUGGAGCGCAUUAUCCUGGACCGACUCAUUAAACAUCGCGAAGAAACAACGCGCGACGAGCAAGCUGGCUUUCGUCCUGGCCGAUCUACGAUUGACCAGGUGUUCAUCGUCAGGAGAGUGAUCGAAAUCUGGCAGCGGCCGUCUUGUCAACGCGCUGAUCGCCGAUGGAGUACCAGGAAAGUUCGUCUUGAUGACAUGAAUCAACGAACAACUGCUGCUGUUCGAACACCAGCCGGAUGUACAACACCGUUUGAAGUGGUAACUGGAGUAAGACAAGGGGCAGUGGCAGGACCUUUCCUGUUCAAUUUCGCAAUCGACAACAUUAUGCGAAGAACAGUCGACCAGUGUCCUACCGACAUUGUCUUAGCACCAUCUGGGUGCCCCUUCACUGACCUCGAGUACGCCGACGAUGUUGUUAUAUUCGCGGAAAGCAGUACGAAACUUCAACAUGUUGUCAACCUUGUAUCGAAGCUGGCUGCAGCCUAUGGACUACGCCUACGCCCCGAUAAAUGCAAGUAG